GCCCGACCCCGUGGCAAAGGCAGCCUGCUGCUCCCCCUCAGAGCCACCCAGCUCGGACUGGUCAGGGAAACGCUGACUUGUGAAGUGGCACAUGCCAUUUAUCUUAUUCUGCGGAGUCGUCUGCAUCUGGGAUUCUGGUGUUUGGUUUUGUUUGCUCUCCUUGCGUUGCUCAAGCUCUUUUCCUGCAUGAAACGCAGCGAGGAGGAGGAGGCUGUGCUCAUUCUGCAGAGGUGAAGGUUUCCCUGGUUGACCCUCAACGAGGACAAGGAGGAUGAUCCAGUAUGCUGUUCUGUUGCUGUGGAUGCAGCCGGAUUGGAGCAUCUUGCUCAAUCCUAAUGACCCUGAUGUUUGCAGCUACUGGGAAAGCUUCACCACCCCCUCCAAGGAGUCGUACCUGCAGCCCGUUGCCCAGGCCUUCCAGGUGCCUUGCGAGAGGAGCUGGCCCUUUGCCAAGACCUGCACUCAGCACAAAGUGGUGUACAAGGCAGCCUACCGCCAAGCCGUGAAAGUCGACUACAGGAGGCGCUUUCGCUGCUGCCAGGGGUAUUACGAGAGCAGCAACGCCUGUGUCCCUCGUUGUACCCGGGAGUGUGUGCAUGGGAGGUGUGUGGCUCCAGACCAGUGCCAGUGCGAGCAGGGGUGGCGUGGCGCAGACUGCUCCAGCGAGUGCAGCAGCCUCUUCUGGGGACCCGGCUGCCAGAAGCCCUGUGCGUGUGCCAACGGAGGCAGCUGCGAGCCAGUGACCGGGGCCUGUGCCUGCCCACCCGGCUACAGAGGCCCCCUGUGCCGAGAGCCCUGUGCCCCGGGAGCCUAUGGCCAAGGAUGCCUGCUGGACUGCCGCUGUGGGGACAGCGCUGGCUGCGACUGGCGGACGGGCGCCUGCAACUGCUCCCAGGGCUACACCGGGCCACACUGCGAGCUCCCCUGCCUCAAUGGCACCGGCGGACCCCCGUGCCAGGCCCCCUGCCCCUGUCAGAACGGGGGCAUCUGCACCUCCCCAGGGACCAGCCAGUGCACCUGCCCGCCGGGAUGGAUGGGCGCCAUCUGCUCCGUCCGUUGCCCUGACGGCCGCUUUGGUUCCAGCUGCCAAGGGGAGUGCCGGUGCCACAACGGAGGCCAGUGUGACCCUGAAACUGGGCAAUGCCGGUGUGCGCUGGGCUACACUGGAGAGCGAUGCCGUGAGGAGUGCCCCGUUGGCAAGUAUGGCCGGGACUGUGGCCACGCCUGUGACUGUGCCAACGGAGGCCGCUGCUUCCACAUCAACGGGGCCUGCCUGUGCGAAGCGGGGUUCCUGGGCGGCCGCUGCGAGGAGCGCGAGUGCCCCGCCGGCCUCUAUGGCCUCACCUGCCUCUCGCCCUGCCUCUGCGACCCUCGCUACACCCAGAGCUGCCACCCGCUCUCCGGGGAAUGCACCUGCAAGCCAGGCUGGGCUGGGCUGUACUGCAAUGAGACCUGCCCUCCUGGGUCUUACGGUGUCGGUUGCCGGGAUCCCUGCCUGUGCUUGAAUGGGGGGACCUGCGACAGCGAAACCGGGCUCUGCCUUUGCCCCGCAGGCUACCGGGACGAGCACUGCUCCGGCUCCUGCCCGGCCGAGACGUACGGCCUGAACUGCUCUCUUCCCUGCACCUGCCAGAAUGCUUUGGCCUGUUCCCCUGUGGACGGCAGCUGCACCUGCAAGGAAGGUUGGCAAGGGACAGACUGUGCCCUGCCCUGCCCGGCUGGCACGUGGGGCUCCGGCUGCAACGAGACCUGCCACUGUGCCAACGGAGCCACCUGCAGCCCUGUCAGCGGGGGGUGCUCGUGUGCGGCAGGCUGGUCCGGCAGGCAGUGCCAGGAGCUGUGCCCGAAUGGGUUCUAUGGCCUCAGCUGUAGCAAGAAAUGUUCCUGCCAAAAUGCAGAUGGCUGUGACCCUGUCACAGGACAGUGCCGCUGCUUACCUGGAUGGGCAGGUCCGCGGUGCGGCCAGCGGUGCGUCGAGGGCCAGUGGGGUCAGCACUGCAGCAAGCUGUGCUCCUGCAAGAACGGCGCCGCCUGCUCCCCCACAGACGGGAGCUGCGACUGCUCCCCCGGCUUCCGUGGCCCCACCUGCCAGCGCUCCUGCCAGCCGGGGCGUUACGGCAAGAAGUGCUCCGUGGCCUGCAAGUGUGCGAACCAUUCCAUCUGCCACCCCGUGGACGGCUCCUGCGAUUGUCCUCCUGGAUGGACGGACAGCGAUUGCUCAAGGCGCUGCCCUCCCGGGCUGUUCGGGGAGAACUGCACCCGCCGGUGCCAGUGCUGGAAUGAGGCUUCCUGCGAUCCAGAGACGGGGAGGUGCCUGUGCCCCACAGGCUACACCGGGGCCCGCUGUGAGACAAAAAGCCCCAACGAUUCCCCCACUAUGGUCCCUGCCGCCCCUGCCGGGCCCCCAUCCCUUGGGGCUGUGAUUGGCAUCAUCAUCCUGGCCGUCUUGCUCGUGGCCUUGCUGGCGUUCUUCCUCUGUUACCGACACUGGCAGAAAGACAAGGAGAACCGGCACCUCUCUGUGGCCUACACCACAGGGAGACCAGAGAGCUCAGAAUACGCUGUCCCGGAUGUCCCUCCCAGUUACACCCACUACUACUCCAACCCCAGCUACCACACCCUGUCGCCCUGCUCCCCGAGCCUCCGUGCCCCCAGCCUCCUGGAGCAGGCGGGCCCUGCCAAGUUGAUCAGCAGCCCAAAGAUCCCAGAGCGGGAGUGGCCGGGAAUGUCCGGGGCAGCAGACUGCAACGCCACGCUGCCGGCAGACUGGAAGCACCACAGGGGGACUCCGGCCAGGAACCACGCAGGGCAAGGAGGAAGCCAGAUGGACCGCAGCUUCAGCUACACUAACGGACUCGGGAAAUAUAAAGGUUAUGCAAAGGAAGAGCUGCUGUGGCGAAGCGACAGCUCCCUGAGCAGCGAGAACCCCUACGCCACCAUCAAGGACUUGCCCAUCCUCACGGGCAAGCCCUCAGAGGGCAGCUACAUGGAGAUGAAGGCCUCUGUCAAGCGCGAGAUGUCCUACGCGGAGAUCGGCCUCUUCGAAGAGUCUGCCCAGAGCCUGGAGGAGGAGGAGGAGGAGGAGGAAGAAGGGAACGGCUUGGCUGGGGCUGGUGGUGUGUCCCACGCAGCAGCAGCAGCUCCUGCUGUCCCCCCAAGCCACUACGACUCCCCCAAGAACAGCCACAUCCCCAGCCACUAUGACGUGCCCCCUACCCGGCACUACCCUCCUUCCCCACCGCUCCGGAGGCAAGCCAGAUGAAGACGCCCUCCUCCUCUUUCUGCCUCCACGGAGCCUCCUCAGGAAGGACUGACUGGCUGGGGCCGAAGCCUGACCGGCCCGCCUGGCUCUGAACGAAUGGCCAAUGGGGCCACCCACCCACCCACCCCCGGGCCUCCUUGUGCUCUGGCACGUGGGUUGCGGCCAGAGCUCCAGCCCGAAGGCUGCUCGCCACGGAGGUCUCCUAGCGGCGGAAUGCCCGAGGUGCGGGCGGGCGGGCGUGUUUCCGCAGCCUCUGGGGUGGUUCUGCCCCCUGCAGCGUUGCUGCCGCCGUCUGUGCAAGAGAGAGAGCGGAGUCGCUGGCAGCUGCGUGGAGGCCAAAGGGCAGCCGCAGCAGGAGGCGUUCUGGGUCCAGAGCAGACAAUUGUGCCACCUUCAGAAAUCUUUAGAAUUCAUAUGAAGGUAGGGGAAGAUUCUUCUUACGAGGAGUUUUGCCUUCAUGCUUCAGAGAGUUAAGAAGGGCAGACCUCUUCAGGCUUCUGGUCUGUUGGCGCUACUCAAGUUGCCUUUGGCAGGUGGAGGAAUGACUAUUUCCGCCAUCCCAGCCCCGGCCAUGGCCCAGGCCUCCACUGGGAUAGUCUGCCCUCCUCCACCACCACCCCAGCCAUCCGCUUCAACGCUGAACGUGGAGGGAUAGGGCAAAAGUGAACUGACCACUCUGUGGAAGAGCCUGUCUGUGCCCACGUGCCGGGGAUCUGCAACUGUGU